AUCCUAGAGUUGCAGCCUUUCAUUUCGUUUUUGUAUUGGAUUGUUCUGGUUCUAUGAGUAAUCGUGAUUGUUCACCAACUGCAGAGACAAUAUUUGGAAAAACAUUGCAAGGAUGUUGCAACAAUCGACUUGGUUCAGUACUUCAAGCAAUUGAUAAUUUUAUUAAGACUCGGAUUAGUUCUACAUGUCGUCAAAAUAUAAGUACGACAAUUGGCAACGAUAUUGUUUCAAUAAUAUUUUUUAAUGGGAGUUCUGAGGUUUUAUUUGAAAAUAAAAGUAUAUUUGAAACUGAUUUUAUUCAAAACAAGCUGGUUGAGAAAAGAGCAGGAGGAUUGACUUGCUUUAGUAAAGCAAUUGAAACAGCUGAACAAAUUAUUGAUAAUCACUUUGAUUCAUCUAG